AUGUAUGUAUGUAUGUAUGUAUGUAUCUAUCUAUCUAUCUAUCUAUCUAUCUAUCUAUCUAUCUCAGACUGUUCAUAUCUAUCUAUCUUAUUCAAGAUUUUAACUAAAAUGAUAUCUUUCUUUUCUUUUCUCUUGUUUUCUUUCUCUCUUUGUCUCUCUCUUCUUUCUCUCUCUUCUCUCUGUCAAAAUUCUUUUUCUUUGUUUUUUCUCUUUCUUUCUUUCUUUCUUCUUUCUUUCUUUCUCUUGUUCUGCUUUUUCUCACAACCCGAACUGGUCGACAAGGGACCCGGACGCACACGCUAUCACACUCCCACAAACACUUACACACACAAUCUUUCUCUCUCUCUCUCUCUCUCUCUCUCUCUCUCUCUCUCUCUCUCUCUCUCUUAUUCAAAUACCACGGGUUUAAUACGUAAGAGCGAUAUCGUCUGCUUUAUCUUCUUUUUCUUUCGUUCGUUCUUUCUUUCUUCCGUUAUUUCCUUUUUCGUUCUUUCUUUCUUUCGUUAUUUCUUUCUCUCUUUAGUUAUGUCUUUCUUUCUUUCUACCUUUCUUUCGUUUUUUGAUUCUUUUAUUAUCUCAAUCUUUCAUUCUUUCUUUCUUUCUUUCUUUCUUUCUUUCUUUCUUUCGUUCGUUCUAUCUUUCUUUCUUUUUUUCAUUCGUUCUUGCUAUCGUUCUUUCUUUCAUUGUUUCAAUCUUUCAUUCUUUAAUUCCUUAUUCCGUUCUUUCUUUCUUUCUUUCUUUCUUUCGUUCGCUUUUUCGUUCUUUCUUUCUUUCUUCCUUUCGUUCGUUCGUUCUUUCUGUCUUUAUUUCUUUUUUUCAUUCUUUUUUUUUUUUUUGCUCGUUCGUUCGUUCGUUCGUUCUUUCUUUCAUUGUUUCUUUCCUUCGUUUUUUUCUUUCUUUAGUUAUGUCGUUCUAUCUUUCUUUCUUUCUUUCUUUUCGUUCUUUCUUUCGCUCUUUCUUUAG